GGGCGUGCACGCCCGUGGUCUCAGGCUAGCGGCACCAGGACUCGCGGAGCGACGACGAGCUGCACCUCGGAUCGAUCGGCGGACGGAGAGCAGCAUUUGAAGGUGGUGAACUUUGUGGAGGAAAGAGGACAACGAGAAGGAGUCGAUCCGCCGUCGAAGGUAAAGCGAAGUGGAACCGGCUGAAAAAGAGAAGAAGAAAAAAAGAGGAAGGCUGAAAACGAAGAGGAGACGCGGUAGUGGAGGAGACGGCGGAGGGGUCGAAAGGUUGAGCGACCUACGGACCACGACGAGGAGGAGGUGGCAGAGAGGAAGGGGUGGCGGCGAGAAAGCAGGAGAGGCAAGAGGAGGAGAAGGAGGGAGAGAACGACCGGAGGAGAAGGACGGAGAAAUGAUCUUGGUAGGUGACUGGCAAAGUGCUGUGGUGGUCGACUCCUCGACGAAAGGCAGAUAGCGCCGCCAUUAGUCGUUGCCGGGGCACGGAACAUCGGGCCCAUGCGCGUUGCGGCCCUGGCCGUGGGCGAAGAAGGGGAGGAGGAGGAGGAGGAAGAGGAAGAAGAGGAGGACGAGGGAGAGGCGGCGGAGGGCUGUGCGGGGCACCACCACGGGACCCGCGGGCCCGCGAUGCGCUCCGCGGCUGCCGUGACAGUGGGGGGCAGGAGUCAAUGGUUCACCACAGCGUGUCCGAUUUUCUUUGUGCUGCUGUUGCUGCUGCCCAUCUGGAUUCUGACGGUCGUCGACGCGUCUCCCCUUCAUCCCGCACCUCCGCACAAAGAUAUCACGCGCGGCUCGUACAUCAGGUACUAUGAGGCAGCCACGUAUGACACCGCGGCCUUGAGACGACAUCGCAAUCGGAUACGUCGCGACGUCAUCGACUCCGAGCAACCCCUGAUUCUGAAUCUGAAGACGCUUGACAGAUCCUGGACGAUACGCUUGAUCCGCGAUGCGAGUCUGUUCAGCAAGGACGUAUCCUUCGAGAGUACGAAUGGACCGAUAUCCUUCGACACGUCGCAUUCUUACGUUGGUACUGUUUUAGAGGAUGAGAGCGCCGUGGUGCAGGGCGUCGUUACGCAGGACGGCCUCUUCGACGGUAGUGUCGUGACCAGAUUCGAGGAGUACUACAUCGAGCCGACGAGCAGGUAUCUGAAUAAAAAUGAAGACACGUCGCCAUCCUAUCACAGCAUAGCUUAUCGCACCUCCGACGUUACCGCCCCGCCACAUCCGUUACCCUGUGCCAGUCAUCAGCUACAUCGAGACGGGUCUCUUGGUGAUUCCUUCGAUAGAUAUAAGUACAACAAUUCUCAGGCAUUCUACGAGCCCUUGCUCGGCGAGCACGUUGCUCUCUACGCGAGGGAAAACAAUGUGAGGGUGCCGACGUUAGAAACGAAUAAUGACGUCGAGUACAUGGACGCCGCGAGCAGCAGAGAUCGGAUCGCGAGGCAUCUGCACAAGCGCGCGACGGUAGAUCCCCGGAAAACUACCUGCAUGCUCUACUUGCAAGCGGACCAUCAGUUUUUCGCGCGAUACGGCACGGAGGAAGCCUGUAUCGAGGUGAUGACGAGGCACGUGCAGAGAGUCAACUCUAUCUACAAACACACAGACUUCAAUCAAGACGGCCGGCCGGAUAACAUCAGCUUCAUGAUAAAGCGCGUCAAGGUGCACAGCGAGGACGCGUUGAGAGAUCCUAAUUAUCGUUUUCCGGGAAAUUACGGGGUGGAGAAAUAUCUAGAGCUCUUUUCAGAGGAGGAUUAUGACGCAUUCUGCCUGGCUUACAUGUUCACGUAUCGAGACUUCGAGAUGGGAACCCUGGGCUUGGCGUGGACAGGCGACCUCAAGAACGCCGGCGGGGUGUGCGAGAAAAAUGGGCAUUAUCGUGGCAGCAUGAAGUCAUUGAAUACUGGUAUAGUGACCCUAUUAAAUUACGGGAAGCACGUACCGCCUGCGGUCUCUCACGUUACUUUGGCUCACGAGAUCGGCCACAACUUCGGCUCGCCGCACGAUCCGGAACAAUGUACGCCGGGCGGCGAGGACGGCAACUUUAUAAUGUUCGCCCGUGCCACCAGCGGCGACAAGCGCAACAACAAUCGUUUCAGCCCGUGCAGCCUGAACGCCAUAAAUCCCGUUCUCAACAGCAAGGCACGUUCGCCAAAGGGAUGCUUCACCGAACCGCAAGUAUCGCUGUGCGGCAACGGCGUGGUGGAGGAGGGCGAGGAGUGCGACUGCGGCUGGGAGGAGGAUUGCAGGGACUCGUGCUGCUUUCCUCAGCGCCGUUAUCCGCCGCCCGAGGAGACCCCGUGCACGCUCACACCACGCUCGGUGUGCAGCCCUAGUCAAGGUCCGUGCUGUACCGCCGAGUGUACCCUCCGCUUCGGAGACAAGUGCAGAGACGACAACGGAUGCCGCGAUGCGAGCUUCUGCGACGGUCGAUCUCCUUAUUGCCCGCCGUCCAUUAACAAGCCCAACAAGACCAUCUGUAAUCGCGAAUUGGUCUGCUUCAUGGGGGAGUGCACCGGCAGCAUUUGCCUGGCGUACGGAUUGGAAUCUUGCCAAUGCAUACCAGGCCCGAAUGAUCCGCCGACGAAGGCAUGCGAGUUGUGUUGUCGGCACCCCGGGGAAAAUCAACCGUGCCUGUCGUCUUUUGACUGGAAUUCCCCGCCGUACGAUAUUCCCGACAUGUUCUCGAAGCCAGGAACGCCAUGUAACGAUUAUAAUGGUUACUGCGAUGUCUUUCAAAAAUGUCGCGAGGUCGAUCCAAGCGGUCCAUUAGCAACUUUAAGGAAGCUCUUAUUAUCCGACGAGAGCCUCGCCACUUUUAGACGUUGGGUCGCUGAACAUUGGUAUGCAGCUGCUCUGAUAGUUUUAGCGGCAAUAUCAUUGCUGGUGGCCAGCAUAAGAUUAUUGGGCAAGCGACCGGACUUGAAACUGAAGUCCGUCACGAUAAUCCACAGUUCUACGACGGAAACGGUGCGGCUUCCGCCGGAGGGUACGGAAGGAGUGACGGUACAUCCGCCGGCGGUACGCGCUAAACUUCCUCUUAGCAGAAAAGUCAGAGAAAAAAGACGUCAUCGUAAACCUAAAGACGGCGGCCAUGCCGAUAAGUCCAAUAAUAAGGAUGCUAAAAAGAAGCAGCAAAACCAACAAACCAAGAGAUCAUCUGCUGGGCAGAUGGACGAUUUUGCACGGAAAAGAUCGGCCGACGUCUUGGCUGCUGUAGUACAGGAAAAUAAGCGGAAGAAAAUCACAUCAGCAAGGGAUAAAGCACAGGGUGCCAGCAAUAAUCCGACUAGCAGUAGUGGCGAUAAUGAUAAGAGAAAGCGUAAAAAGCAACACAGGAAGGAGGUAAUCGACUACUCAGCAAUUCAAGCGGAAAAGGAGCCGGAAACAAACGCUGAUCCUAAGAGCAAAGUACGCUCUUGGUUAUUGGCAUCUUCGCAGUGCCGACCAGAGACCAGCGUGCGGACUAACGUGAACGGUUUGCCAAAAAGUAAAUCGACUCCGGUAGGUUUGACCAGCGGAGGAAUGGUGGGAUCCAGAGUACCAAUGUCGAGGCAACAAGCAUUGACAUCUACGCGACGUCCUGGUGCGGAAACCGGAAGAACGGAAUUGAAGAACUCGUCAAAUUCACUCGCCAGAAAAGAACGGGCGAGGCUUCAAGUAGUGUACAAGCCGCCGUUCCGGUUUAGCGUGAAGCUACGUAAAUCUGACAAAGUGGCGCAAGCACCCGCUACGGCUGUGAAUCAUACGAACGCGAAUAAUAGGACGACGAAGCUACCCAGAACAGGAGUGCUUCUGCGAACGGCCAAGAGAAAGGACCGUGUCAGAAUAGGUAGAGCGCGACAGAUCGCCCCUACCGGCAUUGGGAACAGCGGCGGCGAUCUACCGGAACCGGCCAAUUCCGACUUGCAUACCGUACCCUCUGAUCUGGAAGUAUUGCUGUCCGAGAGCGAAUUCCUCUUCUCGGACACGUGACCAUGGAUUUGGAUAAGGAGCAUGUUUGAAUUCGUUUCGAGUCACUACGCGAUUAAGUAGCUCUUGCAUAUUUUCAUCCCUUCUCUAUCCGAGCACGA